ACCUGAUGUAAUUUUCUUUUGAAUCUACGGUCCUAAAUCGCCGUUCUUCGAAAUACCUGAGCUUUGAAAUUGUCCUUUAAAAUCCACCGGUAGAGCCACCGUGAAACCUCCCGGUAAUCUUUUUUUUUUUUUUAACUUUUGUUAAGUAAUGGAUCGGAAUUUCUUCUUAUUCGCUGUGAUCACCGCCGUCACCGCCACCCUCUGCUCAUCGGAACCUUUAGUUUCACAGCAUUCUGUUGAACAUGACGGUGAUCCGUUGAUUCGUCAAGUUGUUGAAAACGACGGCGAUUUCAAUCAUCACGCUCUUGGAGCAGAGCACCAUUUUUCGCUCUUCAAGCGAAGGUUCGGGAAAUCAUACGCCACUGAGGAAGAACACGAUCGUAGGUUCAAGAUCUUCAAGGCUAAUAUGCGACGAGCAGAACGCCAUCAAUCAUUUGAUCCCUCUGCCAUUCAUGGCGUCACUCAGUUUUCCGAUUUGACACCUUUUGAAUUUCGGAAGGCAUUCCUAGGACUCCGAGGUCAUCGCCUCCGGCUUCCUGUUGAUACGAACGCGGCUCCGAUUCUUCCUACCGAGAAUCUUCCGAUUGAUUUUGAUUGGAGACAACACGGUGGUGUAACUCGUGUGAAAAAUCAGGGAUCUUGCGGUUCCUGCUGGAGUUUUAGUACAACCGGUGCCCUUGAAGGUGCCAACUUCCUUGCUACAGGGGAACUUGUUAGCUUAAGCGAACAGCAGCUCGUAGAUUGUGAUCACGAGUGUGAUCCAGAGGAAGAAGAUGCAUGUGACUCAGGUUGCAAUGGAGGUCUAAUGAACAGUGCAUUUGAAUACACAUUAAAAGCUGGAGGUUUAAUGAAGGAACAAGAUUAUCCCUACGCCGGAAUUGAUCGUAAUACAUGCAACUUUGAUAAAUCCAAGAUUGCUGCCUCUAUUGCCAGUUUCAGUGUUGUUAAUUCAAUUGAUGAAGAUCAAAUUGCUGCCAAUCUAGUCAAAAAUGGCCCACUUGCAAUUGCUAUCAAUGCUGUGUUUAUGCAAACAUAUAUAGGCGGAGUUUCUUGUCCAUUCAUAUGUUCAAAGAGACUGGAUCAUGGAGUUUUGUUGGUGGGUUAUGGCUCAGCUGGCUAUGCUCCUAUUAGAAUGAGAGAUAAAGAUUAUUGGAUUAUAAAAAAUUCAUGGGGCGAAAGCUGGGGAGAAAAUGGAUAUUAUAAGAUCUGUAGAGGAAGGAAUAUUUGUGGAGUUGAUUCUUUGGUAUCAACUGUUGCUGCUGUUCAUAUUCAUCAUCAUUCUUCUUCCAUUGCAUCAGCAAGAGCACAGUAGAAGAUAUGAUUUUCUUUUCCUUUAAUCGUUUGUUUGUAGUUGUUGAUUGAAAAGGCCUUCAGCUAAUUAAUUCUUAUUUGUGUUAAAGGCAUGCAAAUGCAUACAUACAUGUUUUGUUAUAAAUAAACUCAAAGAAAUAGAGAAAAAAACAAUUGUUUUUUUUUCUUU